AUGCCGACCGGUGCCGCCAGGCUGAAUUUCCUUCAGAUAAAGGAGCAGCAGCAGCUGAACCGCGAACGCCUCCGAGAAGCAGCAGUAGAGGAACAGCGUGCCAAGGAGGCUCUGUGUCGCCAGAAGGAGCAGUACAGCCACGUGCAGUCCCAUGGGUAUGGGCGAGUUGUCGGUAAACCCGCCAGCGACGUGCAGAUAAAAGUGUAUAUACGCGAGUGCGAUGGUGAAAGGGCGCAAUGUCAUACUUUUAUGGAGAGUGAAGCUAUGAGACACAAUGCUAGCUGCAAGCAAGAAGGGAAGCCAAGGCCUGCACAACCUCCUAGGCAAAAGGUGCAGAAGCUGCCCCCCGUUGCUGCGCCGCCACAAAAGAAACAGGAGCACACUCAACAGCAACAACAGCGGUUGUCAGGCCCAGCCAAUGCAUCCGACACCCAACGGGGAAUCGUGCCAAAAUACUUACUGCAGCGGAAGGCUGAGCUGGCAGCACAGAAGGAGGCCACGCAACGUGAAGCAGAACGACAGAGGGAAAUAGCCAGAUAUCCCCCGGGGCAUCGUCUCGUAAGCGAGGAAGAAAGGAAGGAAACACUUGAAAAGCUUGCCGCUAGGCGACGCGAGUUGGAAAUGGAACUUCACAAAAUUCCCAUCCGCUAUGAUACACAAUCAAUCAAGGAAAGGAGGUCGAAGAUAGAAAACGAGCUGAGUGAAAUUGAGGCUGCGGAGCGAAAGUUUGGUUCAGCAAAGGAGCUCUUCGUUCCCAUAUAG